AUGUUCCCUGGCGUGAUCCUACCAGCAGCGUCAGGGAAGAUGAACCCCCAGACGUCGAUCACCAUUAUCGGUACAGAAAACAGAAGCGCCACCAAAUGCGAUGGCAGCCCCCCUGCGGGGAACUACGGUCGUCAUGAGGAUCAGGUCAUGGCAUCUCAGGACCAGAUGUCGGACCUGGUGAUGGCGUCUCAGACCUCUCAUGGCCAGAGGUCUUAUGACCAUGGUGACCGGACAUCUCCCGUCCGGACGUCAAUAAUUCACGACGGGGAAAUUCGAGAACAAAAGUCCAUACCGGAUGACGUAAUGCCUGGGAUGGAGACGGAUGCCGUUCCCGGCGUCUUUGAGCCAGAGUGGCUUAGAGAGCGACGGAAGAAGCGAAUGUUAGACGAACAGGUGGAGGAGAGUAUGGCACAGGUGCAGAAGGGUCGCCAUCAUUACCAGCAGCAAGGGGCCGCACCAACACAGGAUUCAGCGACAAUGGUUCCGGCGGGUCAGGACUUGCCGCCUCCCGAGCUCUUCGGAUUGCCUGUGGAAUUGAGUACUGUUUACAUCAGCAACUUGGAUGAGUCGGUGACCUCUCCUCAAAGUCUUUUGCAGGACCUGACUCAAAAGUCGGGAUUGCCACGUAUUAAGGACAUAAGGAUUCCAACCAUUACGAAACCUGCUGGUGGCAAGACUGCAGAAUCUAACAAGACCACGGCUAACGGCGCCAUGGUGGACUUACAGGCUGCUGGGCAACCCGGUUCGCAGACUGUGUCGGGCAAGGGUUUUGCUUAUAUAGAAUUCAAUAACGCGCAGGACGCUCGCACGGCGGUGAAGAUGCUGGCCGAAGUCAAGAUCAACGGCCGCAAACUUCAGGUCCAACUUUCGCAACCCACGAAGCCGGUAUACGAACCCACUGUACUCUACAUUCCUAACCUGGACCCGGAGAUCACAGAGGAAGCUAUCCAGGCACUCAUUGAAAAUGAAUAUGCACAAUACAAAAAAGAUAACGCUGGUCGGAAGCGCUUGUCGCGACCGAACCCUGACCCCCGGAAGAGAUCUAGAAACGAGGCUGAACAAUCCGUCGACCAGGACCAGCCCGCCGUCCAUAUCAGUGACCCACUUGCUGCGGAGGCAUCUGCUGCGGCGCCACCUGCUACGGAGCCACCGGACCCUGAUGUUUUCGUGGAUCAGCGCCAGUCAGAUGGCAGUCCCGUGGACAGACUGGAUGAAGGUCCUGAUAAAUACUGCGAGAAGGGACCUCAGUCCUGGAAGGUGGUCGGUGUGCGUAUUAUAGAGCCGCGGCCGGAGCUCGCAGAGGCGAGUCUGCCAGAUGAGGAGGCGGCUCCUCGGCACGCGUAUGUUGAGUUUCGUGACCGGGCCUCCGUGUUAGAGAUUUUGCGGUGGCAGCAGGAGCGGUGUUUCUGCGUAGGCGACCGCGUAGUCGUGCUAGUGCCGAGUGUGCCCAAGAAGCGAACGGCCAGCAGCUACGCAAAGAACAAGAGAGAGAGACUCACUGUCGACCAGCGCAUCAAGCGGACACUGUACGUAUCUAAUAUCCCGGUGGGAAUGAAGGAACCGAAGUUCAGGACGCUCUGCGAGGAGUGCGGCCCGAUCCAGGAGCUUCUCAUGCCGCAUAAGGACGGAGUGAGUGUGGGCUGGGCCCUCGUGGAGUACCGAGACGCGAUAAAUGCAACGACCGCCAGCACCACCCUCUCGGGACGGAAAUGCGGCCCGAAGUUCCUAAAGGUGAAGCAGAGCAAGAGUGCCAUCACGAAGCAGAGACAGGGCGAGUCGCGAGAAGAGAGACAUGUUGGCGGCCAGGCGGAUGCAGGCAAGGCGAAUGGAGCCAAGGCAGAUGAAGCGACGGCGGCUGGAGAGAAGGUGGUUGGUCUUGGGCCUGGCUUGCGACGGAGAAGGCCGACCGAAUUCCCAGAGUCGGGUGGUGAGUCGCGUAUCUGUGGGUCGAAUGACGAGUUCCGACGGAUGCUAGGUUUGUAG